AUGGAUCGACAGAGAGAGCUAUCGCUGGAGCUAUUCACUCGCGUUAAGCCACUAUGCGUCGAGCUAUCAAAGGAAACAUUGGGCCCCGGAACCAUCAACUUAGAUCACACCGGUAGGUUGUUGCAAAAGCUAAGCAACGAACUUAAGGUUCAUUACGAUGAGUAUAAUCAAAAGGGGUACUUGCUAUCGGACAAGCUAGCCGAUUAUAUUUUCAUGCCGCUAAGCGGGUUACUUAAACGAGACUCCUUGGUUAAGGGUGAUAGCAAUACUACUAAAGGUGAUGGUGAUAAUGAUGAUGGGGAUUCAGUGGCAAUAAUAGGCCUGAUACUUUUCAUUAUAGGUUUCUUAUUAGAUCACUGUUGGCGAUAUUCCCCAGAUAACGACACCAGUAGUCUACAGGACCAAUUGUUCCCUCUUGUGUUGUAUUUGGUUGAACAGAAGCAGAAGCGACCUGUUGACUUUGAUUUCACAGUCAACGGAGUCUACUGUGUAGGGACACUACUUGAUAUUCUUCCUGGUGACUACUUCACUACUGGUAAUCAGAAAAGAUUGGCAUUACUUGGAAAUACCAUAAGUUAUCUCUUGGAUACGUUGACCAACCUGACAUCGCCAGUGACUCAAGAAGAGUUACAACUCGUAGAGGAUAUCUUGAAGAUCGUCCAAAGGUUGUUUGCGUGGAAGCUUAAUGCCGAUCAAUUGUCGAUGGUUCUUCCCGGAACGGUUUCCAAAUUAGUUAACUUUGUCAUUGAUUCCAAGAGCGUCCAUUUUACAGUGAUAAUCUCCAUUAUUAAGGUGUUGAAGGAGUUAAUAGUGAAGGUUUUCACUAUAACGAACAUACAAGUGGAUAUUGAACGUAAACCCGAGUCACUUAACGAUUUAUGGAAUACAUAUGUGAAAAAAGAAGACACUACGGCAUCAGAAUCUGCUUCUGACUCAUUUUUAAUAACGCAUAUUGUCAGCAACGAAGGGCCUCGUACGGACAAGUGGUUAAGAGCAACGUCUCAACAACUUAAAUUGACUCUAGUGGCUUUCUUCAAGCAUUUGAUCAUGUCUUCCACCAAUAAACGGAGAUUAGAAACAAAACCUCAAGUAGUGGAAGAGAUCAUCUCGUUUAUCGAGUCAAUAGUGGCUAAUUGUUUCCUCAGUUUAUUCAAUGAGAUUUAUCCGCUUUUGAUCGACAUUGCUUCUUUGACUCUUGACACCACACACUUUGCCAACGAACAACAAGAGAGAAGCCGAUAUAGGGAGUAUUCCGAGCUCUUUAUUCAGCCACAGAAUUGGCAAUACAACCAAGUGAUAUUUGAUUUACUUGAGUUGAAAUUAAAGGACAUGAUAUCAUCCAAAUUAUCCAGUGUUUUACUUCUGGCAGACGACGACAGAGUCAAGGGCUUUUUCAUAGGCUUGAAGUUUCAAUUAUUCCUUUUCCAAACAGUAAAUAAGACACUACUAGAGCUUAGUUCCGAGUCAGUGGUAACAGAAAUGGUAUGUGAUAUUGUUCAGUUAUUGCAACUGAAUGUUGUUGAGUGUGUUGCAACUGCCGCAACCCCAACAAUACAAUCUAAAGAUCUUCUUCAAUCAUUGAACAGUUCUGCUGCUUCAUCUUCUUCCAAUAAGCUUGAUAAUAUUGAACUUCCUUCUUAUGUCAAUGCCAAUAAGUUGGUCAAAGUCGAUACCAAGAAGAAUCUGAAACAAAUGUCUAAACUGGAAUAUGUUUCCAAUUUGAUGAUUCUCUCCAAGCAAUGGGAGAACGACGACAUGCUAUCGUUGAAAGAAGACGGAAAACUGGACGUUAACAAGAUCUUUGACAAAUGGUUCAGUGUCUCUACGGAGAAUAACAUUGAAUCAUUUUUAAGGUUUGUUUCAAGUAUGAUUGGUGAUGUUAAAUCAUUAGAUCUACUUGAAUCAUUGGGUGAACCCCAGUACGAUACCAUGAACAAUACCGUGUCACUUUGGAUAGCAAAUACUUUCUUGAGUUCCUUACCAGACAAUAGUAGUAAUUAUAUGGUGGAUGACUUCCUUUACUUUGAUGAUGAUGAAGAUGAAAUUGAAGUUAAACAACCAGUAUCGACUGCACAGCCCGAUGAUCAUAGACUUAACUUUUCCUAUUUUGUCAUGUACAGAUCUCAAGAACUCAUAGAUAAAGUCAGUGAUCUCAUUCGAAUGCCAGAAUCAGUCGGUUGGUCCGGUGCCGGUAGUGAAUACCACAAGUUGGAAAUGAGUUAUGCCACGGCCAUUUCAUCCAUUGGUAUCUUAUCGAAACAGAUUCCUCAUGAAGAUUUCCAAACAGACUUUCUUAUCAACUAUUUAUAUCCGUUAUUAGAGGCCCUUACGUUCCAACAGAACCCAUUGAUUCAAACUCAUGCGGCGUCCUCUGUGGCCCAGAUCAUCAACACCCAUUACGAGGGCUCCUUCAGGAAGAUGAUAGAAGCAAACCAGAACUACAUCAUUGAUGCCAUUAACUUAAGAUUAACUGUAACCAGUGAAUUGGCUCCUUCACUACCUGGGAUCUUAUUGAUAAUGAUGAAGAUCUGUGGAUUACAGUUGUUCGCUAAGAACCAGUUGGUGGACGUAUUAUCCCAGAUGUUUGUGUUGAUUGAUAAUUACCAUGGCUACUCGUUCUUGGUGGAGGGGUUUUUUGUGGUAUUCCAUGAGUUGGUUGCACAGAUUUCAGGAGAGUAUAUGAAGAAGCAGCAGACUUUUCAGAUACAAGGAAGUAAAAAGGACGAGAACAGCUCCAGAUAUAAACCUUGGGGUAUGACUACCAUCAACCAAUUGGUUCAAUUGCUAGAUGAUUCACAGAAAUUAGUUGAUCCGUUUGAACAAGACGUUGACUUGGACAAAGAGUAUUUUAAACGGAAACCUGACACUCCUUUUGAUGAACAGGUGGCGGAUUCUGACGAUGAAAUCGAUUCUGAUGAUGAAAAUGAUCAAGGUGAAGCUUCUGAUUCUAACGAGUGGUCAUGUUCCAUACCUAAGAACAUUUAUAUGACCAUUCAACGGAUAUUCACCUACGGUUUAAGGCUUUUGAACCAUGAGUCGACGUCUCUUAAAGUCCAAAUCUUAAAGACAUUAUCAGAAUGUUAUCCUAUUUUAUGCGAAAACUAUUCACUAGUUCUUCCGAUUAUUGCUGACUACUGGAGCAACUUACUUGUGCUAAUAGCAGGCAGCACUACACUCUCUGAAUUCCAGGAGAACCAAUGGGAACAAGUGUCGUAUGAGACAGUGAUGUUGAUUAUCCCAGCAUUGGAAUUUGUUAUACAUAUUAUAAAUCACGAUAAGCAUGAAGGCUUUUUAUCCGGAAGGUUUCUCGAGUCCUGGUCUUUCAUUUCCAGCCAUUCCCCAGUGUUCAAGAAGGAAAAGUCUAAAAUUGGAAAGCCUAACCAAUCAACAGCCGUUACUUCUAUUCAAAUGGACCCUAGGAUGCGUUUCCUUUAUCGGAAGAGAUGGACCAAUUGUUAA